CCCGACUCUAAAGAGAUAAUCAUUCAACAUGGACCCUGCAAGCCUUGGUAUUGGCGUUGUAUCGCUGACAUUCCAAGUCUUCUCAGGAUGCGUAAAAGGCUACCAACUACUGACCGAGGCCCGCGACAUGCCAAAAGAACACCAAUACCUUCGUAUCAGGCUGAAGCAGGAGCAAUACCGGUUGUUAGAUUGGGCGCGUGUUGCCCACAUCAGCGAAACAGAUAAUAAUUUGGUACUUAGCAACGCCAGCAGAGGUGUGUUGUGCGAUGUCUUGUACCAAAAGAACCAACUGCUGCUGGCCUUCGGCAAGUUUGAUGACAAAUACAAGCCUCUCAGGAGACCAUUGCUCAGUGACGAGCCUGAGGAGGUGGAAGACUCCCCAGUUCUCAAAAAGGUUGAGACUGGAUUCAACGGCCGUUUUCCUCAGACCGAAGACCUUUUGAAAAGAGCUCUUGAGUGGAUUGACAAGUCUAGCAAGUACCCCAAGAGGCUGAAGUGGGCAAGUUGGGACAAGGCAAAAUUCGAGCAGCUGCUGCUCAAACUGUCCUCUUUCAACGAUUUCAUGAAAGGGCUUCUUAAUGACCAGCAACUCGAUCAACUUAUAGACCUUCAAACUCGAACGGAGUUCCAAAUAAUUCAGCUAAACAGUAAAGUCGAUCAACUCCUGGAGUUCGUCCGAGCUGGUACUGCCUGGCAAGAGCUCACUCAGACUGGGCCCCAGACACGCACGAUAAUUUCAACAGAUCCUCUAAAGGCCUUGCUUCAGGCUCGCGGGCUUAUGGACUUGAGCUACGAGCCUUCAGAACAAAACUUAGCGGCGCUUGCUCGAUUCAAAGCUCUAGGAACCGCUAUAAACACAAACGGGCUCACCGACGAUAUUGCUCAGGAUCUGGAGCUCGGGGAGACGGUCAAGGAAAUCACCUCGGUCGAGUUGUCCCAUUCAGAUAUCCGCAUUAUCGACCAAGAUAAUGAAGAUCAAGGUGAAUUUCAACGAACAGAGGCUCUGUAUGUACGCCUUGGCAGCAUGCGACGCCCUGGCAUCAGACGCAAGCAGGUCUGGAUCGAGUGGAAGACGUUUGAGCCCCAGGCAUUCGAUGGAGAACCAGACCCUAUGAUUCUCGAGCGCAUCCGCGCCCUGACGGCUCUACUCAAGGAGAACAACCGCUCAGGCCAGUUCCGCGCACCGCAGUGCCUGGGAUACUUCCGGGACAUCGACCCCAACGGCGAAGACCGCUACCGCUUCGGUCUCGUUUUCGAAAAGCCCAACGACGUGCAGCAGAGCACGCGGCCAGUGAGCUUGCUCGAUCUGCUACGCGACGAAAGUAUCGAGAUGCCCAGCCUGACACAGCGAAUUGCACUUGCCUGCGUCGUCGCCGAGUGUCUAGAGCGCCUACACGCUGUGAACUGGCUCCACAAGGGCUUGCGAAGCCACAACAUACUCUUCUUCCACAACGCCCACGACCCCGAGCUCGACCUGUCCGCGCCCUACAUUAGCGGUUUCGACUACUCCCGCCCAGCACAGAACGAGGACAUGACGGAGAAGCCGCCAGAGAACGCAGCCUACGACCUAUACCGGCAUCCACAUGUACAGAGUUGCGGAAGCACACCGAGUUCCAGUUCUCGCAGCGGCUUCAAGAAGUCCUUUGAUAUCUACGCCCUUGGUGUCAUCUUGCUCGAGAUCGCGCACUGGAAGCCUAUUGACGAGAUCCUGGGCCUGGGCUACGUGCGCAUGAUCAAGCCUAGCGCGACGCUCGCGGUGCGUGGGCGCCUGCUCCGAGAGCCGCGUUUCCUGGGAUACGUGCGGUCGCAUCUGGGCGACGUGUUAGCGGGCGUUGUGCACGCGUGUCUUGAGGGACCGGGUGCGUUUGGGCUUCAUGAGGAUGUGGAUGAGAAGGAUGAGAUUGUGGGGGAGCAGUUGGGGAUCGCUUUCUAUGCGGAGGUAGUUGGGAAGCUGAAGGGGAUAAAGGUUUAGUGGAUGGGAAAGGGUGAGGUCAGGGGGCUAUGGAAAAUGCCUCUUUCUUGUUCUUCUCUUAUAUACUUCUUUGGAGCCUGUGGUUGUUUCACGUUUUGUACCUUGGUAUUUAUAAGUCUAUGCACAGUAUCACGUACACAAUGAAAGAGGGAU